GCUUUUGACCUAAACUUCUGAAUCUCUCUGAGCCCAAACCAACCUCCUUCACUCCUCUCAUUUUCUUCUCUUUUUAAUUACUUGCACCACUAUUUGCAAUUUUGCAUAUCUCAUUUUUUGUACUUCUUUAGUGUUAACUAACACAACACUAACCACCACGAUUCCUUGCUCUAAUAUCAAGAGUGCAUCUCUUUGUGUUUCAGACAGCAGCAUGUGUAUGCCACUUUAAGACACUACUCUUAACUUCCAUGUUUAGAUUGUGUUUUCUGCAUCAGCUAGCCAAGUCCUGAUUUUCUCGACAAUGAAGAGCCCUAUGCUUAUGAGGACUUCAGUAGUCAUUCUUUCUAUCUGGGUGCUUGCUCAAGUUAUUGAUGUCAAUGGAGAAACUAAUAAUUCCUAUUCAAGGCCAAAUGUUGUCAAUUUUGGAGCUCUAUUCACAUUAAACUCAGUUAUUGGGCGAUCCGUGAAACCCGCUAUUGCAGCUGCCAUCUAUGAUGUCAAUUCAGAUUCAAGCAUUCUUCCAGGAACAAAGCUCAAUAUGAUUUUGCAUGAUUCGAAUUGCAGUGGUUUUCUUGGCACUAUAGGAGCUUUGCAGCUAAUGGAAAAUGAUGUGGUUGCUGUAAUCGGCCCACAGUCCUCUGGAAUAGCUCAUGUAAUCUCUCAUGUUGUAAAUGAGCUUCAUGUACCUCUCUUGUCAUUUGGAGCCACAGAUCCCACCCUUUCUGCUUUGCAGUUCCCCUAUUUCCUCCGCACCAUACAUAGUGACUAUUCCCAAAUGCACGCAAUUGCUGAUUUGGUUCAACACUAUAGAUGGAAUGAGGUAAUAGCUAUCUUUGUUGAUGACGACUAUGGUAGAAAUGGAAUUUCAGCAUUGGGCGAUGCACUAGCAGAGAAACGUGCCAAAAUUUCUUACAAGGCUGCCAUUACUCCUGGAGCCUCAGCAACUGACAUAAAUAAUUUGUUAGCUGGUGUAAACCUAAUGGAGUCUCGUGUUUAUGUGGUACAUGUAAAUCCUGACUCUGGUCUCACAGUGUUCGCUGAAGCAGAAAAGCAUGGGAUGCUGGCCAGUGGAUAUGUUUGGAUUGCUACAGAUUGGCUUCCAUCUGUCUUAGAUUUGUCAGAUUCAGUUGACCCUAAGACCAUGGACCUUUUACAGGGUGUUGUUGCACUUCGCCAUUACACCCCAGAUUCUUAUUUGAAAAAAAGGUUUUCAACUCGGUGGAAGCAAAUAAAAGGAAAGGAAACAGUUAACUUCAACUCUUACGCACUCUAUGCUUAUGAUUCUGUCUGGUUACUUGCUCGUGCUCUUGAUGUAUUCUUCAACGAAGGUGGUAACAUAUCCUUCUCAUAUGAUAGCAAGUUGCAAGAUGGAAAAGGAAGUAAACUGCAUUUUUCAGAACUCCGUAGCUUUGAUCAAGGCAAUAUUUUAACUCAGAUACUUGCUCAAAUAAACUUCACAGGUCUUACUGGUCACUUUGGAUUUGACCAUAACAAAAAUUUGAUAAAUCCAGCUUACGAGAUUAUUAACAUAGGUGGAACUGGCUCACGCAGAAUAGGCUUUUGGUCAAAUUAUUCAGGUCUCUCAAUCGAGCCUCCUGAUAUUCUAUACAAAAAACCUUUGAAUAUUUCUGGCAUGGAUCACCAUCUUUACAGUGUUAUUUGGCCUGCUGAGACUACUACGACUCCUCGGGGAUGGGUAUUCCCGAACAAUGGGAAACCUUUGCGGAUUGCAGUGCCUUAUCGAGUAACUUACAAAGAAUUUGUCACUAAAGACAAUGGCCCUACUGGAGUCCAUGGAUACUGUAUAGAUGUCUUUGAAGCUGCAGUUGCCUUGUUGCCCUAUCCUGUCCCUCGCUCGUACUUACCCUAUGGGGAUGGUCUGAGAAACCCUAGUUUCAGCAAUCUUGUCUAUGAUGUUUCACAGAAUAAGUACGAUGCAGCUGUUGGAGACAUUACCAUUGUGACUAAUAGAACAAGGAUUGUGGACUUUACCCAGCCGUACAUGGAAUCUGGACUUGUUGUGGUUACUCCAGUCAAGAAAGUAAAAUCUACUGCCUGGGCUUUCCUCAAACCAUUUACCUGGGAGAUGUGGGGCGUAACUGGCGCUUUCUUUCUUUUUGUUGGAGUUGUCGUCUGGAUUCUGGAGCACCGGAUUAAUCAUGAAUUCCGUGGUCCACUAAGCCAACAAAUAGUCACAAUCUUAUGGUUUAGCUUUUCAACAAUGUUCUUUUCACAUCGAGAGAACACUGUCAGUACUCUUGGACGUUUGGUGCUGAUUCUAUGGUUGUGGGUAGUGUUGAUUAUAAAUUCAAGUUACACGGCUAGUUUGACAUCAAUUCUCACGGUACAACAGCUGACAUCACAGAUUGAAGGGAUAGACAGCUUGAUCUCAAGCAAUGUACCAAUUGGAGUUCAAGAUGGUUCAUUUGCAUUCAAUUAUCUGAUUGAUGAACUCAACAUAGCUAAGUCCAGGAUCCAAAUCAUGAAAUCUCAGGAUGAUUAUAUUUAUGCCCUUCACAGAGGUCCGAAAGGCGGGGGUGUGGCAGCAAUAGUUGAUGAGCUUCCUUACAUCAAGCUCUUUUUAUCCAACACUAACUGUGAAUUUAGGACUGUGGGAGAAGAGUUCACAAGAAGUGGAUGGGGCUUUGCGUUCCAGAGGGACUCUCCUCUUGCAGAAGACUUAUCAACUGCAAUUCUUCAACUCUCAGAAAACGGCGAGCUACAGAGAAUUCAUGACAAAUGGCUUUCCAAGAAUACAUGCUCUGAAAGCACCAACCAAGUUGAUAUAACACGGCUCUCCUUAACGAGCUUCUGGGGUUUAUUCCUCAUAUGUGGCACUUCAUGUUUCAUCGCUCUUAUAGUGUUUUUCUGUAGAGUUUACUGCCAGUAUCGCAGAUUUACUCCAGAAAACGACGAAGAGGAUCCAGAAACUGGUAGGUCAGCUCGAAGACUCCCUAGUCGCGCCACUAGCUUCAAAGAUUUUGUUGAUAAGAAAGAAACUGAUAUUAAGGAAAUGUUGAAGCGAAAAAACAGUGAUAACCAGCCACAGGUUUCCUGACACAUACACAACCAGCAGUAAAAGUGUCAUACUAUGACGGUUUGUCUAGCGCGUGCCCGUAGGAUACUGUAUUAAUCUCACACAGUUGCCCCAGCAGACCAGAAAUAAUAUUACAGUCCAUGUUGUAGAUCAGGCUGAGAUAUAUAUUAAACAUGCUAAAGUUUUGCAGUUGUACAUAUGAACUCCAAUUAUUGUA